AUGAGUCUCUACACCGGUUUUGACCUGGUUCCACGCCUCUCCGAAAGGACAGAAGACCAGAAGAGCUGGGAGUGUUUCAUCCAAGCCGUAAAAGAACGCUACAAAAACGAUAAUUUGGUAGAAAUUACGCAGAACUGCAUAGUUGUCAAAGUAGACCGAGAUCUUAUUCUUCCAUUUGAAGGCCACAAGCUUCUGCGAUUUUGUUCGAAGAUUUCUGUUCGUCAUGCGGAGGGGGUCGAGGAUUAUUCAGAUACGAUUACUCGGAUUGCAGAGGAAAGUUUGGGCUCACGAGUUCGUACUUGGGAGGAGGAACUCGGACAGGAAGGAUUUUAUAGAUGGGUUGAUGUUUAUGAUUCGCGAAAGUCUUUUGAGCAGCCGGGUGAAUGGAAUGCUUCAGUUGAAAAUGAUUGUAAUGCGCUCAAGAAUCAUUCAAAGUCUGGGAAUGAUGUAAAGAUGUUCAGUAUCGAACAGGUGCCAGGAAAAGGAAGAGGCCUGAUAGCUCGCUUCAACAUCGACAAAGGAAAACGAAUACUUUCGGAAAAACCUCUUUUGAAUAUCACAACUACCUCAGCUUCAGCAGCCUAUCUCGAGAGUAACAUUUCCCAAAAAGUUAAGAGGCUUCCAAAAUCAGUGCAACAACAAUUCUUUUCACUUCAGAACAAUAUUUGCAAGGAACAACCCUUUUCCGGUAUUCUGGUAACCAAUGCUAUAGGUCGCGGCACUGGUUCCACAAUUGUCGAUAUAUAUCCUACAAUCUGCCUCAUAAAUCACGACUGUCUCCCCAAUACGCAUACCUACUGGAACUCGGAAACUGAGAGCAGAAAUAUCCACGCAGUGUGCGCUAUAAAAGCCGGAGAAGAGAUAACCAUAGCGUACCGUCCCGGUAAAGGAGAAACCUUCGAUGCGCGACGUGCACAUCUCAAGAGAGCGUAUGCAUUUGAUUGUACAUGUCUUCUUUGCAGUCUCUUGCCAGUCGAGACUCAAGAGAGCGAUACUCAACGUACCAACCUUGAGUUUCUUAGACUUGAAGUGCAUAAGGAGAAGCGAAUUUUUGAGCACCCUAAAGAAAGUCUAGCAGACUGUCACACCUCUGUUCAGAUACUCAAAAAAGAAAAUAAGGAUAAGGCGAAUACGUUGAUCUCGGAAAUUUACUGGGAUGCUUUUGAUAUUAGCAUUGCGCAAAGUGAUCAAGCUCGAGCGAGCUGUUUUAUGGAGAGGGCUUAUAGUGAGAAACUUCUGUGUGAAGGAGAGGAUAGCCCAGGUAUUCAGAACAUGAGAAGAUUGAUAAAGAAACCGUCACAAUAUGAAAGUUUCGCGCUGACAAAUAAGUGGCAGACUGGAAAGAAGGAAGUACCGAAAGGAUUGAGUACCGAAGAAUUUGAGAAGUGGUUGUGGAGAGAUGGAAUGUAG